AUGCGGCCCCUCCUCCUGCUAUGGGGCUGCCUCGUGCUCCCAGGUUACGGAUCGGUGGUGGACCCGAAGGAGAUCAGUGGCUUUGAAGGUGACACUGUGUCCCUGCAAUGCACCUACGGGGAGGAGCUAAAGAAGUACCCGAAAUACUGGUGCCGCGAGGCCGGGAUCUUCAUCUCCCGCUGCACUGAGACUGUCUUCUCUGGAGGAUACGGCCAGGAAGGAAGGGUGUCGGUCCACGACAACCCAUGGGAGAAUAGGUUCACGGUUAUCCUGAGGAACCUCACCCUGAAAGACAUGGGGAAGUACUGGUGUGGGGUCAAAAAACUGGGCUUCGAUAAGACUAUCUCAGUCUCUCUGCUUGUCUUUCCAGCAACUUCUCCGUUUGCAAGGAUCUCUCCUCACCCAGCAACCUCUCCGUAUGCAGGGACCUCUCUCCACCCAGCAACCUCUCCGUUCACAGGGACCUCUCUCCACCCAGCAGCUUCUCCAUUUGCAAGGAUUUCUCCUCACCCAGCAACCUCUCCGUAUGCAGGAACCUCUCUUCACCCAGCAACCUCUCCAUAUGCAAGGACCUCUCCUCACCCAGCAACCUCUCCUCCUGCAGGGAUCUCCCAGCCGGUCACACAAUUGGACUCUACCUCAACAAAGGACACCAGUUUUGUCCCCAGCAGCAGCUCCAAGUCCAGGGUGUCCAUCCCACUGAUCCGGAUCUUGGCCCCGGUCCUGGUGCUGCUAGCCCUUCUGCUGGCCACAGGCCUGGCCGCCCUCGGCAGCUGCGUGUUUCAGUGGAGAGAAAAAGCUCAGCUGGCCUCGGAGACACAGAAGAAGGACAAGGUCCAUCUCUCCCACUUGGCUUCAGAGGACGACAAAGCCUCUUGGCGGGACCCUGAGGGAGACAUGACCCGAGCCUCUACCCUCCCUAUGUCUGGGGACGAGCCAGGCUUUUCAAAGUUCAGCUCAGUCUAG